CUAAAAUCAUUUGUGAGGAGCCCUUCGUUCACUCUUUACACUGUCGUCUCUGUAAGGAGCCAUGGCGGUUGCCCUCUCUUCACCGAUUUCACUGAAAGCAGUUUCAGCUUCAUGGGACACCCAUCAGAGGCUUCCUUACAACCCACAUCGCACCACUCCCAAAAAACCCCAAACCCAUAAACCCACCACUCUCUAUCCGCCCACAGCCACCGCAACUCCAACUCCAUCUACCAAACUCAGGGAUUCAUCCACUUCAACCCUUCUCAUCCUCAACACCGAGAAAAUCACCUCUCAAGGGAAAAUGGAGGACACGUAUCUGGGUUACGAUACAUGGCUGCCGAGUCCGCCCAAAGUGAAGAAGCCUCGUUCUAUAUAUAAUGCCGCUUCUCUGGCGUAUAUCGGAGACUGCGUAUACGAGUUAUAUGCGAGGAGGCACUUCUUAUUUCCCCCACUAAAUAUUGAAGAAUACAACAGCCGUGUGACAGCUGUAGUACGUUGUGAGGCACAGGAUACAAUGCUUAAGAAGCUUCUUAAUGAGAAUUACUUGUCAGAAGAGGAAAGGGAUGUUCUCCGGUGGGGAAAAAAUAUUUCAUCUGCUAAAACACGGACUAAAAGGCGUGUCGGUGUAGCAGCUUACAAUAGAGCAUCUUCGCUAGAAACUCUGAUUGGCUAUCUCUACCUGACGAAUGUGAACCGUCUGGAAGAAAUAAUGCUAAAAUUGGGUUUCUCAUGUGGCACUUCAUCCAAUUGAGGAAGCCAAUGGCUGACAAUCUUUGAAGAUUGGAUUCGAACAAUAAUUCAUGAUGGACCGGCAGGAUUCAGCACAGCCUUGAUUAUCAGAAAUUGAAAGAUCCAUGUGUAGAAAAAAUUUGCAUGAUGCAGCUCUUGAGUGUAACAUUUUGCCUUUGCUCAUAGAGUAGAUGUGUAUAUCUUGCUCAUAUGUGGCUUACUCUUGGCAGUCUUGCCUUCAUUUUUACAAUUCAAUUCUAGACCUUCCGGUUAUAAAAGAGCAACUCUAUCGUGUUUUUUUGA